AUGAAGAUCUUCAACAUCCUCACUCUUGCCAGCGGGGCCGCCGCCAUCCUGAACAACCAGGGCUGCCUGGAAUGGUGCUCCGCCAAUUUCGGCCUCCUCAGCCUGGCGACGUGCUACACGCCCUCAAUCUUCGGCAACGGGCCCUGUUUCGAGUGCGGCCCCCGCAAGAGCAUCCCAACCAAGAAGCUCUGCUCGAAGAAGUGCGUGGACCUGAACACCGACAACUACAACUGUGGCAAGUGUGGCAAGAAGUGCAACUCAGGUUCUACCUGCGAUAAGGGGAUUUGCCGUCCGCAGGCAAACUGCCAGGCGAAGGACCGCUGUAGUCUUGACCCCCCUUGCCCUGACAAGACGUGUAUCUGCCAGCCCGAUGAGCGCGGCGGGGGCAAGGGGUACUGCAACAAGGGCGAUUGGUGCGUCAAUCUGAAGGACUGCCAGAGUAUCAAGGACUGUCCCAUCGAAGGCAGUGUGUGUUUGACCACGUGCUGCUCCGGCUCGGCCAAGUGCAUGCCUCCCGAUAAGCUGUGUGCGAAGACCGUGUCUCGUAUCUUCAGGCCCCGUGAGGUUCUUGGGGGCGGGGAUGUGGACGAGGUCUCCGCUGCGGCGGCGGCGUCGGGCGCUCAUGACCGUUCCGAGGAGGGGCAUGGGGUUUUCGCUCGCCAGGAGGGCGAGUUCAGUUCCCCGAUUCGUCCUGGAGAUGCAGUGUGA